AUGAAUCUGAACGAUAUGCCUGAUGACGUGCUCAUCCGUCUCCUGAAUACCGCUUCUCCAACGGACGUCACUCGGGCGAAACGUCUCAACAAAAGAUUCAAUCAAAUUGUGGAAACAUUCAAUCUGGGUAAACCUCGUGUCAAGGAGUUCUGUGUUGAGUCCCGUGUCUCUUCCGUUUUGCCUACUAAAAUUGGACGUCUUCGACUGGGAUCCACUCCGAUGGCAUCUAAACGAAGAAUCGUCGUGACAAUGAGAAGAGAUAAGGGAGUGAAAAGAAGUGAAAGACUGGAAGAUCCAUCUUGCUCGAAUUCAACUGAAUCUGCUAAUCUCUUCGUGCAGGAAAACUUGAGAAGAGUCGAGUUGCAAGAGAAAAUUGCAUUUGAUGGACUCACUUUGGACGAGGACUUUUAUAAGAUGUUGACAGCGAAGAAGGAUGCUUUGAGACAUGUCACCACAAUCUCGUUAUCCCUUUGUCAUAUCCGUCUUUCAUGGACACAGUUCGCUGAUUUGUUGUCUCGAAUGACCGUCAAACAUCUCUUCAUUGAUUUUUGCACAUUCGAUCCGUCGCUCAUUUCUGACAAGGUUUUGGCUUCGUUGCCUCAUCUUGAGACACUCCAAAUUCAGUCAAGAUAUCCAUGUUUUUUGAAUGAGUUAACUGAUCAAACGCUGAUUAAUUGGGCUACAAACUCAACGGUUCCAAAGGUUAUUCAGCUGAGAAAUGGAUGCGCAAGUAGGAUUACUGUAGAAGGAAUCAAGAUGAUGAUUAUGAGAGCCCUCUCGACUCCUCCUCAACCAGCUCCAAAAGUCGACUGGGACUUUGGACUGCUUCUUGAGCCAACCCAAUCCGAUUCUUCUCUUCUUUCACUCCUCCUUUGUCCUGGUAUUGAUGCCAAAGUCACCGAUGACUUCCGUUCUCGUCGUAUCAUACUAACCCGUGAUCAAUUGGCUCUCCAGUUUUUCAUUCCUUCCCCAUUCCCAGUUGAACCCAUUUCAGCUGCUGUCCCAGCCUAA